AUGUGGAGUCCUAGCGAGGACGGUGGUGCCUUUGCGGAGUGCUUCUUCGCGCAGUACCCCCUUGGGAUGGGAAAGAAGCCACUGCCGCCUGGCGUCUUAGCGGCGAUUACGGAGGUGCGAGAAAAGUCUGUGACGUCUGGCAAGGGCCCCUUGUCCUUUGCCCCUGCUGCGGCCGCCGGGGUUGUAGCUGUCGUGUCGCCUCAUGAGGACCGUGACCCUACCAGUGGCAACUCAGAGGAACUUGCACAAACCACGGAGAAAACGAGGGAGGCGUUGCAGCAAGUGUUGCAGGGCCGUAAAGAACAGGAGGAGGACUUCAGCGGAAGAACCAUCCGACGGGCCCCGCGGAAGAAGCAGAUGCUGGAGAUUGCUCUUCCAGGGGACGUAGGGGCAACUGGAAUGCUCGAUCCCGCUCCCAUUGUCCGGUCACCGACUCGCGUGAAGAAGGGAACGGACGAAGGCGAUGCGUGUGGCAGCGGUGGUGAUGGUGUGGGGUCUUCCUCUGGUGCGACGGCGGUGCCCUUUAGUAUUGGCAACUGGAAAAAUAAACGUAAGCUGAUCAUCCCGCUCGAGCAGAGGCUGGAGCAGCAGGCCGAGUCCCACGCGGCAGGUAGUGCCUGUGGAAUAAGUGAUCACGUCAUGCAACUUGCUGUUGCGAUGCAGCAGGCGCGGAAGGAGGUUGAGGCAGAGCAGGCGGCGCGCGAGAAGGCUCAGCAGGACGAGGAGGAACGUCUCCAGGCGGAGAGGGAGGCAGAGGCGACACGACGGGCCAGAGAACUUCUCGAGAAGGCAGCUGCCGAUAUGCAGCAGUCAUCAUCACACUCUAGAAAGGAGACGCGGGAUGAGCGUCUGGAGCGCAUUCGGCUUGAGCGUGAACUGCGGGAACGGGAGAAGCAGCAGGAGGUGCGACAGCGCCGUCUGGCGAGGGCUGCGGCCCGUCUGGGGAUGACGCUAGAGGCGCUGGAGGCUGAUGAAGAGCUCCUCAGGACAGUUGAUGACACCGCUGCUGGUCUCGGUAGUAGUGGUGGUGGUGUCGAUCACAGCGCGCGCCGUGGCCAACAGGGAGUGGCGUCGUCAACGGCGGGAGCUUCGGGGAUGCGGCAGGACGUGGCAUCUGCCGAGCAUCCACCCUCGCUGUACGCCGACGACACCGAGGACGGUACACACCCCACUGGUGGCAUCCGCAAGGGUGUGUUCGGUUCCGCCGUCAUCAGCAACGAAGGCAUCCGUCGGGAGAUGGAGGCGUUGGCCAAGAUGGAGGGGCAGCGCGAGGGGGCGAAGGAUGGAAUUUCGCUUGCUGACGAGCAGGGCGACUCAAGCGACGAGGACGAUGAUGGAGGUUUGGGCAUGGACCAGUUCAUGAAGAAAAAGCGUCGCCUCUGA